AUGGCAGAGGAGCAUGUAUAUAAAAGCGAUACAGGAUAUACGACUGCAGUAAGAAAGGAUUAUACUGAUGUUGAUUACUGUAUGCAUGUAAUUGUGGCUCCGACAAUUCUAAGUGAUUUACAAAAAGACAAAGUAUUUGUAAAAUUUAUAGGAGGUGAUGUUUCCUAUCAGUUGAAAUUCAAAAGAGAAUUUUGGGACGGUUUUGUAGAGUAUGAAGGCGUUUUAAGAGCAAAAAAGGGGAAGAUUAUCUUGUAUAACUACUAUGUUAUAAUAAAUGGAUCUGAAGAAGUGAAAGAAUUCAUCUAUAAACAUGGAGAUGGGAAAAUAGAGAAAGGAUUAUGGUAUCGAACAAUGGGUAGCACAGAUUUACAAAAAAAGGAUUUGUAUCACAUAUAUGAUGGUGUUGUACAAGGAGAACCAUUGGAUGAAAAAGAUAAAGACAAGAAUGUAUUAUCAAAAUGGAUACACAAAGGCCUUAAGAAAGUUACAAAAUGGAUUGGAAAUGACGAAUAUCAAAAGAUGUUACUUACAGAUGCUGAACUAGCAAUGAAGGAGUUUACACGUGGUCUGCUUGAAGAUAUUAGUACUAUCAAUGGAGAGGAAUUGAUUGAACGUUUUUCGGAUAUUGUCCAGGGUCUAAGAAAGUGGUAUUACAUGCACGAAAAAUUGUGGUCAUCAGUUGAGGAUUUCAAUAAAAUAAUUGCACAGGUGCUCAAAACGAAUUUGAUUUCAUUGAUAAACAUGAUCAAACAAUACCCCAAAAGUAGUAACAACGUUGCCGGAAUAACAACUGCCGUUUCCAUAGUAUACCUGAAAGAACAAUAUGACAUUACAUUUGAUAUUACAGACUUGUCUCAUUUAUGUAAAGCGCUUCUCCCUAAUUUGGAUACAGCACAAAGACUUAGUACAGACUUGGAAGACUUUUAUAAAAGUUAUCCUACGAAGAUACGAGAAGUAGCACGAUAUCUACUGUCAAUGGUGAAGAGAUUGUUGAACAAUUCCAAAAGCCCAUGUUGGUUGUAUUGUAUCCCACUUCUGCAUUUUCUGCAAGAAGGAAUUUUUCCAUAUCAAGAAGUUCCUGAAGCUAUCAAUCACAGAGAUGUUAUUCCAAGAUGGUGGGGAAUAGAUAAUUUCAGCAGCGAACUAGACGUUUACAAGUCAAAAUCCGACUUUGAAAGUCCCUCAGAUUUGGUGCAAAUUCUCCAUCCAUAUUUUGAAAUGGACUUUUUAUUGCCAAGGACAUUUGUAGCGUCACUGAGUUUUAAGCAAUUUGUUGCCCUAGACACCAAGCAUAUUCCACCAGAUAUAAUGCUCGCCGCGUUUUAUUAUUUUGUGAAAGUGAAGAAACUGUACCGAGAUGAAAGUUGGAUAUAUUGUUUGCAAGAAGUACUCGGCAAAGUAACAUCGCAAUUGUGUAUGUUGGAAUCCAGCAGUUUAACUAUCGAUGUGCUGGAAGUUUUUAGAAGAAGCUACCGGAUCGCUGCAGAUGUAUUAGAGGAAUGCUUUCAACUGAAAACUUCCACCAGAGAGCAACGUGUUAAAUUUUCUUUGUGCGCCAUGAAGACAUUCCUGCAUUCUGUUCACUUCUUUGAUCAAUGCUUAAGCUUGCAAAAGGAAAAAAAGAAAACUAAUGAACAUUACAGUCUUCUUCAGACCUUCGAAAAAAAAUUGGUUGACCUUUUGUUAUUCAACUUGUUUUUUAAAACAAAAGAUUGCCUAAUGGUGGAUGAAUUCCAGCUGAAGUCUAUCUUGGAUGUUUUCUGUGAGAGAUUAUACGAUUUCGGUUAUAUUCUCCAAGAAAUUCUGACAAAAAGUGCACUCAAAGAUGCCGAGAAUAUGGAAUUUCCAAAAGCUUUGUAUUUCACAGAAUAG